ACCAAAAUUGGAGUUACCAGAACCAGAGAGAAAAUAAUCCCAUUUUUUGAACUCUGAAUUCCUCCACAACCUUCAUUCAAUUAAAUGCAGCUGUAAAACCCUUCAACCACACCCCAUCAAGUCGGUCUACACAUUGAUUACUCCUCCACCCACCACAACUCUCGUUAUAAAUACAUAUCACACAUCCAAUAUAUAUGUAUAUAUCAACCCAACCAUUCUGAUCAAGACCACAAUCUAACCUAGCUAUGGCCAGUAGUGAAAGUGAUCUCUUGUCAACAGAGAUUGUGAACCGUGGGAUCGAGCAUACCGGACCCAAUGCCGGGUCCUUGAUGUUCUCGGUUCGGGUCAGGAGACGCUUACCGGACUUUCUCCGGUCAGUGAACUUGAAGUAUGUGAAAUUGGGGUACCAUUACCUCAUCACUCAUGGCAUAUAUUUGGCCACUAUUCCAGUUCUGGUGCUGGUGUUUAGUGCUGAAGUUGGGAGUCUUAGUAGGGAAGAGUUGUGGAGGAAGCUAUGGGAAGAUGCCAGAUAUGAUCUUGCUACUGUUCUUGCCUUCUUUGGCCUCUUUGUUUUCACACUCUCUCUUUACUUCAUGUCAAGGCCAAGAUCCAUCUAUCUCAUCGAUUUUGCAUGCUAUCGCCCCCACGACGAUCUCAAGGUGAGCAAGGAACAAUUCAUCGAAUCCGCGAGAAAAUCAGGGAAAUUCGACAAGGAAAGCUUGGAAUUCCAGAACAAAAUCCUACAAUCCUCUGGAAUUGGUGACGAAACCUACAUCCCAAAAGCGAUCAUGUCAAGUGAAAACUGUGCGACCAUGAAAGAAGGUCGAUUAGAGGCCUCAACAGUGAUGUUUGGGGCCCUGGACGAGCUCUUCGAAAAGACCCGGAUCCGGCCCAAGGACGUUGGGGUUCUUGUAGUGAACUGCAGUGCAUUCAACCCAACCCCAUCACUAUCUGCCAUGAUAAUAAAUCACUACAAGAUGAGAGGCAAUAUUUUGAGUUUCAAUCUUGGUGGGAUGGGCUGUAGCGCUGGAAUCAUAGCAGUGGACCUGGCCCGUGACAUGUUGCAGGCCAACCCGAAUAACUAUGCCGUGGUUGUUAGUUCUGAAAUGGUGGCCUAUAAUUGGUAUCCGGGCCGUGACCGGUCCAUGCUUAUACCCAACUGUUUUUUCAGGAUGGGCUGCUCCGCGGUUCUGCUGUCCAACCGCCGCCGUGACUUCGGCCGUGCCAAGUAUAGGCUUGAACAUAUUGUGAGGACCCAUAAAGGCGCCGAUGACCGCAGUUUCAGGUGUAUCUACCAAGAAGAAGAUGAACAAAAAUUCAAGGGACUGAAGGUAAGCAAGGACCUAAUUGAAAUAGGUGGUGAAGCACUGAAGACCAACAUAACCACACUAGGCCCUCUAGUUCUCCCCUUCUCAGAGCAACUCCUCUUCUUUGCAACACUAGUAAGGAGGAACUUAUUUGGUAAGAAAAACCAACAAUCAACACCAUCAUCGAAGCAGUAUAUCCCAGACUACAAGCGAGCAUUCGAGCAUUUCUGCGUGCAUCCUGCGAGCAAGGCCGUGAUGGACGAGCUGCAGAGGAACCUUGAAUUGAGUGAGAUGAACAUGGAGGCUUCAAGAAUGACAUUGCAUAGGUUUGGCAACACUUCUAGUAGCAGCAUUUGGUAUGAAUUGGCUUAUUUGGAGGCAAAAGAGCGGGUCAAGAGGGGUGACCGGGUUUGGCAACUCGCAUUUGGGUCCGGGUUCAAGUGCAACAGCCUUGUUUGGAAGUCCAUGGGCCGUGUCAGGAGGCCCACGAGGAAUAAUCCUUGGAUCGACUGCGUUGAUAGAUACCCUGUGUCUCUUCGGAAUUAAUAAAAGGUUAACUCAAACUCAAUCAAGGACAAUUGUGUCCUUUUGAUUCUUAAAAUUGUUGUGUCGGAAUGUACUCCUUAAUUUGGAUUUGGACAAUUUGGUUUGCUUCUCUUUAUAUACGUAGAAAUCAUUCAAUGUUAUGGGCUGUCCCGGCGACUACUGGUUGAAUGUAGCGUUCAAUCAUUCUAGCACUGUUAUUGAUACGGUUUCGGUAAAUUAUCCAUUGCUGUACUAUUAUCAAAAAUAUCAGUAUAGACUUCAAUCCUA